CCGCCCCCCCCCCCUCCCGCCCGCCCCGCAGCGCCUCGCCCGCACCCGCCGCCCGCACCCGCCAUGACCGAUGCGGCCGUGUCCUUCGUCAAGGAUUUCUUCGCCGGCGGGGUGGCGGCCGCCAUCUCCAAGACCGCCGUCGCCCCCAUCGAGAGGGUGAAGCUGCUGCUGCAGGUGCAGCACGCCAGCAAGCAGAUCGCCGCCGACAAGCAGUACAAGGGCAUCAUCGACUGCGUGGUGCGCAUCCCCCGGGAGCAGGGCGUCCUCUCCUUCUGGCGCGGCAACCUGGCCAACGUGAUCCGGUACUUCCCCACCCAGGCGCUCAACUUCGCCUUCAAGGACAAGUACAAGCAGAUCUUCCUGGGCGGCGUGGACAAGCGCACGCAGUUCUGGCGGUAUUUCGCCGGUAACCUGGCGUCGGGGGGGGCCGCCGGCGCCACCUCCCUCUGCUUCGUGUACCCCCUUGACUUUGCCCGGACCCGCCUGGCCGCGGAUGUGGGUAAAGCCGGGGCUGACCGCGAGUUCAGCGGCCUGGGGGACUGCCUGGUCAAAAUCUUCCGCUCAGAUGGCCUCAGGGGCCUCUACCAGGGCUUCAGCGUCUCGGUCCAGGGCAUCAUCAUCUACAGAGCUGCCUACUUUGGCAUCUACGACACCGCCAAGGGCAUGCUUCCGGACCCAAAGAACACCCACAUCGUGGUCAGCUGGAUGAUCGCUCAGACCGUCACCGCUGUCGCCGGUUUGACCUCCUACCCUUUCGAUACGGUUCGGCGGCGCAUGAUGAUGCAGUCUGGCCGUAAAGGAAGUGACAUCAUGUACAGUGGCACCCUGGACUGCUGGCGGAAGAUCGCCCGGGACGAGGGCUCCAAGGCGUUCUUCAAAGGCGCCUGGUCCAACGUGCUCCGAGGGAUGGGCGGCGCUUUUGUCUUAGUCCUCUAUGAUGAAAUCAAGAAGUACACAUAAGUUGUUUCCUGUUGUGAACUGGCAUGUUGUAUGUAGUCUAUGACCGUUCAUGGACUUGUUUGAAAACCAUCUAGUCACUAAGCAGCGAUGGCUGAUGUUGAUACAGGCUGGCAUGGAGCAGGGCUGGCCGCCUGCCCCGUCUUUAUGGAGUUAUUCCCCUCGCUGGGACUCACCAUGGUUUCUAUUUCAGUCCUUCCUGCUCAAAGUGUACAAAGAAAUAAAAAUCU